CGCAUCAGCUCCAGCGCGCUCGCUGGCGCACUGCAAUUACGUCAACGGUCAAAUUUGCUCACCUAAUUUUUUUCUCUUUCGCUGUUUAGGCCAUUCACUGUACAGAAUGGGUCAGUUUUAAAUAGUGACUGAUUACGGACGCAGCUAAUGCUUAGCGGAAUACAGCACCCCAGUUAUUGUGGAAACCCCGACAAGAAGAGAUGACAGAAGACACAGACGAUUUACACUGAGAAGGGAUCUAGGAGGCUGAACCCACCUCACUCCAUCACCGUCCCUACAUGGGAUCUGCCCACGGUGCUGAGGGCUCUGCUUCAAAUUCGGGCCCAAAAGUCAUCCUGAAGCCAAAGCUCAGAGCGUCAGAGCACAGGGCAUCCAGUCACAAAACAGAGAGGUGGAUAGUUGAUGCUAUUAUGCUAGCUUACUCUUCCUUGGGACUGCAGUGCUCCAUUGAAAUACGAGUCUAUUCAACCAGAGGCCUCUGUUGUUAGGGAUUUGACAGCCUGUUUGUGUGCCAAUGAUGCGCCGUCAUUGGUUGCUGGUUGGUGCUUGUGGCUGGGUGCUACUUAUCCUUAUGUUCGUCAGCAAGUUCAUCAACUUCAGCUUCAGAGUACCAGACUAUGCUGAAAGGACAGAGAUGUUUGUUUGGACCUUGCCAUCUGUUACAGCAAAACUUACUUCAGUCCAUUGGCCAGACAAGGGAGCAUCACAGCCAUAUAUAUUGUCCUCAGUUGGUCCCUCUGUGGUGGAGCCCAUAGACUGGCAGUCAGUGAAUGAGAAGCGUCUGGAGCUGUUAUCAGCUGUUUGCAGAAAUUCAUCGCUGUGGAACCUCACCCACACGACUGUGAGCAAAUUUGUCUUGGACCGCAUUUUUGUGUGUGACAAACACAAAAUACUCUUCUGUCAGACACCCAAAGUUGGGAAUACACAAUGGAAGAAGGUUCUAAUUGUCCUUAAUGGAAAGUUUUCAAAAGUUGAAGCUAUACCAGAGAACCUGGUUCAUGAUCAUGAAAGAAAUGGUUUACCUCGUCUGUCCUCCAUGACUGACACAGAAAUUCGUCAAAGGUUAAAUUCCUAUUUCAAGUUCUUUAUAGUGAGAGACCCAUUUGAGCGUCUCAUAUCUGCUUUCAAGGACAAGUUUGUGAAGAACCCAAGAUUUGAACCUUGGUACAAACAUAACAUUGCCCCAGCCAUCAUUCGCAAAUAUCGCAAGAAUCACCAUGAUGAUAGUGAAAGUGUGGGUCUUCAAUUUGAAGACUUUGUACGGUACCUGGGUGACAAGUCAGGCCGACAGCGCUUGGACAUGCAGUUUGGUGACCACAUUAUUCAUUGGCUGACGUAUGCUGAGCUGUGUGCUCCUUGUGAUAUUUCCUACAAUGUUGUGGGACACCAUGAGACUCUGGAGCAUGAUGCUCCUUAUAUUCUAAAAGCUGCUGGUAUUGCUGACCUGGUGUCAUACCCCAAUAUUCCACCAGGGAUAACCCACUACAACCGUACCAAGGUGGAACGUUAUUUUACUGGAAUCAGUCAACGAGAUGUUCGCCGGCUCUACGCUCGCUACCAGGGUGACUUCAGCCUGUUUGAUUACCGGAGACCUGCCUUCCUUUUGGACUGAUAUGGAGAUUUCCUGAUAAUCUAUUUUUUAUAGAUCUCAGAAUUGUUUUUUGCUUACUGAAAAA